AUGGCAACUCCAUCGAAACAACGUCGUACACCCUCUAAGCAAACACCAGGUUCAACGCAACGAACACCUGCUAAACAUCGACACCCAUUAACAGCCUUACAAGAAGAUGAACCAAUUACUAGUCCAACACCAAGUUCUAUUCUACAAAUGUCUUUGACACCUGGUCGAACUCCAAAUAAAAAUCGAGGCAUGGCAUUUUCACCAAUGACAUAUACAACAUCUCCUGCGCAAAGUAAUAUAGGUGCUAGUGGUCGUACACCAAUGUCAACACCCUCACGAACUAGAUCUGAUCUUGGUAGUGCACGAAAAUUACGUUUAGUUAAUGAACAAGAUGAAUUAGAAGGUGAUAUUGAUGUUAAUGCAGCUGAUAAUCAAGUCGUUAUUUGGGGUACAGAUGUUCAUGUAAAUGAAUGUAAACGUCGGUUUAUAACAUUUUUAAAAAAGUUUCAUUUAAACAUUGAAGAAGCUAAUCUUGAAGGUGUUGAUCCAACAAAACCAUUCUAUAUGCAAAAAUUAGAAGAAAUUCAUUUAAUUGAACGUCCAUUUCUUAAUGUUGAUUGUGCACAUAUUAAACAAAUUGAUAAAACAAUGUUAAAUCAAUUAAUUGCAUAUCCACAAGAAGUUAUACCUAUAUUUGAUAUUGCUGUAAAUGAAUUAUUUUUUACAAUUUAUGAAGAUGAUACACUUCCACAUCAAAUUCAAGUACGACCAUAUAAUGUUGAUAUGUUUAAAAACAUGCGUUGUCUUGAUCCUGAAGAUAUUGAUAAAUUAGUUAGUCUGAUGGGUAUGGUUAUUCGUUCAUCAUUAAUAAUGCCUGAAAUGCGUUCAGCUUAUUUUCAAUGUAAUAUAUGUGGUUUUCAUGUACAAGCUGAAAUUGACCGUGGAAGAAUUUCUGAACCAACUCUAUGUACAUCAUGUAAUACAGCACAUUCAUUUGAACUUAUUCAUAAUCGAUCAUUAUUUGCUGAUAAACAAUUUAUUAAAUUACAGGAAACACCAGGUGAAUUUUUGCUUGUUUUUGUCUGUGUGAAAUUUAUGUUCGAUUUUGCUUUAGACGAAAUGCCUGCUGGACAAACACCAGUUACUGUAACGAUUGUAGCACAUAAUGAUUUAGUUGAUGCAGUACAACCCGGUGAUCGUGUUCAAGUCACUGGUAUAUUUCGUGCAGUACCAGUUCGUAUGAAUCCAAAAACACGAAAUGUUCGAUCAGUUUAUCGCACAUUCAUUGAUGUUAUACAUUUUCGUCGUCAAAAAACAUUUACAGCCGUAGGUGGACUUGAAGAACAAACAACAAAUGAUGAUGAAGAAUCAAGUUCAUCGAAAUUUUCUAAAGAACGUUUAGCACAAUUUCGUAAUUUAUCUGAACGUUCCGAUAUUUAUGUAUUAUUAUCAAAUGCAAUUGCUCCAAGUAUUUUUGGACAUGAAGAUAUAAAGAAAGGUAUUUUAUUACAAUUAUUUGGUGGAACAAAAAAAUCUUUUACUGAUGCCGGACGAAAAAGUUGUCGGUCUCAAAUUAAUAUUUUACUCUGUGGAGAUCCUGGUACAGCUAAAUCACAAUUACAACAAUAUGUAUUUCGAUUGGUACCACGUGCACAAUAUACAAAUGGUAAAGGUACAAGUGCUGUUGGUCUAACAGCUUAUGUAACAAAAGAUCCUGAAACUGGUCAACUUGUUCUUCAAACAGGUGCUUUAGUUCUUGCUGAUAAUGGUAUUUGUUGUAUUGAUGAAUUUGAUAAAAUGAGCGAAAGUGCUCGAUCAAUUCUUCAUGAAGUUAUGGAACAACAAACAUUAUCAAUAGCUAAAGCUGGUAUCAUAUGUACAUUAAAUGCUCGUACAUCUAUAUUAGCCGCUGCUAAUCCAAUAGAAUCUCAAUGGAAUAAAUCAAAAACAAUUAUUGAAAAUAUACAAUUACCACCAACAUUAUUAUCACGUUUUGAUUUAAUUUUUCUGUUACUUGAUCCACAAGAUGAAGCUUAUGAUAAGCGAUUAGCACAACAUUUAGCAUCAUGGUAUCAAUAUGGAAAAGAAGUUGAAACUGUUCAUGAAGCUAUGGAUACAGAUCUACUUCGAGAUUAUAUUGCUUAUGCACGUACAUUUGUUAGUCCACAAUUGACUGAAGUUGCCGGUAAACUUCUUGUUAGUUCAUAUGUUGAAAUGCGUAAAGUCGGUAGUGGUAAAGGACAAAUAUCAGCAUAUCCUCGACAACUGGAAUCAUUGAUUCGUUUGGCUGAAGCACAUGCAAAAGUUCGACUAUCCGAUAAAGUCGAAGAAUUCGAUGUGGAAGAAGCUAAACGACUUUAUCGUGAAGCAUUAAAACAAGCAGUAGAUCCAAAAACAGGUCGUGUUGAUGUUGCAAUUUUAACAACGGGUAUCAGUGCCGGUGAACGUCGUCUUCGUGCUGAUCUUGCUCAAACACUUAAACGUUAUCUUAAAGAACAUAAAUCAACAUUAAGUACAGGUGCAAUUAAAAAAGAUACGUUAUUCAAUGAAAUUCGUGAACGAAAUGAUGAACGUAUAACACGUGAUAUGUUUGAUGAUGCUAUUCGAGCAUUGGAAGAAGAAAAUUUUCUUGUUGCAACCAAUCAUACAAUACGAAUUGUUACAUUAGGAGAAUCGAAUUUCGAUUAA